CGUCUCGGCAAUUCUAGUCUCUCCUAGCUGGGAGCCCCAUCUCUCCCUCCCAUGGCCGACCAGCUGCCUGACCAGGCCGCCUCGAAUUCCCUCGGCCUCGACCUUGCUGCCCUCAAGAUCAAGGACAGUCCAGACCCUGCUGAACCCAAACCUUCCGCGGACGCAAAGGACGCUCCCCCGGCUGAGGGCGCUACACAACCUGCGGACGAAUCUGCGGAGAUAGCUCCGGAUGCGGAGCAAACCGACGCUGGCGAUGACAAAAAGGACUCUAAGGAGAAGAAGAAGCCGUAUGUUAACCCCGACCGCGUCAAGACCGGGGGUGCACAGCGGGACAAGCUGAGCGAGGGCGAGCUCACAGAGCGCAUGGCGCGCAUCCGUGAGCAGAACGAGAAGAUCAAACAGAGACGUCUGGAUGUGCAAGCAGACGAGGACGAGUACAAGAAGACGCAGGCGGCUGAACGCGCCAAGCAGGCGAAGAUGAAGAAGGUGCAGGAGAAUGUGGACAAGGCUCGCGAGCAGAACGCUCGCCGUAAGUUGGACAAGAUCCAAAGCCGCGAGUGGGACUCAGGAAAGCCGGCGCGCGACUGGAAGCCGGCUAACAAGGGCCCUGAGGCACCAACUGAAGAGGGCGAGAAGAAGCCUCAAGCAUCAAUUGGUAUCCGCGGUGCUGUCCGCGGUGGUCCCCGUGGAGGAGGCCGUGGCCGAGGUCGCGGAGGAGGUGUGAGCUCUCCUACCGCCGAGAAGACGGAGGCGGCGGCUGCCCCGGCCGCGCCUGCUGAGAGUGCUGCUGCUGCAAGUUCAUGAAGAAGGAUAUACCCCUGUACAACGUCCCACAUAUCCGCUGCUUGUAUAUCACUUCUGCUAAUGUUUAUAUGCUUUGACUCC